GCAAUGCAAGAUCAUUAAAAUAAAAUAAAAAUGCAAGUUCAAAACUCUAAUUUGCUUGCACCAAAUCCUCCAUACAAAGCUGUGAAUCUAGGAAACUGGCUUGUGGUUGAAGGGUGGAUGGAACAACCUUCUCUCUUUGAUGGAAUUGUCAACAAAGAUCUCUUGGAUGGAAAUCAAGUACAACUUAUGUCCACAAAGUUUCAUACAUUUCUUGCCGCUGAAGAUGGGGGAGGACUAGCUGCUAUUGUAGCCAACCGUACUUCAGCUUCUGGUUGGGAAACAUUCAAACUUUGGAGGGUGAAUGACUCAUCCUUCAAUUUUAGAGUGUUUAACAAAAAAUUUGUGGGGCUAAAUAAUCAAGGAGGAGGCAACACAAUUGUAGCCUUUUCAGAUUCACCUAGCAACCAAGAUACAUUUCAGAUUAUAAGGAACAAUGAUGAUCCCUUCAAAAUUAGAAUCAAAGCAUCAAAUGGUCUAUUUUUGCAGGUUGAAUCACAAACAUCAGUGAGAGCAAGUUACCAAGGCACAAGUUGGGACGAAAAUGAUCCAUCAGUCUUUCGUAUGAAUGUCAUAAAUAAGUUAGAUGGAGAGUACCAACUUACUAAUGGUUAUGGCCUAGCUAAAGCUCCUCAAGUCUUAAGGGAUCACUGGAAUUCUUACAUAACUGAAGAUGAUUUCAUAUUCAUGUCACAAAAUGGAUUAAAUGCUGUGAGAAUUCCUGUUGGAUGGUGGAUUGCCCAAGAUCCAAAUCCACCUAAGCCUUUUGUUGGGGGAUCUUUGGCUGCACUUGAUAAUGCUUUCACAUGGGCACAAAAUCAUGGGAUGAAAGUGAUUGUAGACUUGCAUGCUGUUGAAGGAUCUCAAAAUGGUAAUAGUCAUAGUGGGACAAGAGAUGGAUAUAUAGAAUGGGGUGAUUCUUACAUACCUCAGACAGUCUCUGUGAUAGAUUUCUUGGCAAAAAGGUAUGGUAACCACCCAAAUUUAGGAGGAAUAGAGCUAAUGAAUGAGCCACAAGGUGUCAACCUAGAUAGCCUCAAGAAGUAUUACAAGGCAGGUUAUGAUGCUGUGAGAAAAUACAGCCAAAAUGCUUAUGUGAUCAUGUCAAACCCAUUGGGUGAAGAUUCCAAAGUUCUACUCUCAUUUGUUAGUGGCUUCGACAAUGUAGUCCUUGAUGUGCAUUACUACAAUCUUUUUUGGGAUGGUUUCAAUAACAUGAAUGUUCAACAAAAUAUUGACUUCAUAAGAAAUGAUAGAUCCUCAGAUCUUAGAGGUGUCUCUUCAACAAAUGCUCUUACUUUUGUAGGGGAAUGGACUGGAGAAUGGAGCUUACGAGAUGCAUCUAAAAGAGACUCCCAAAGAUAUGCCCUAUCCCAAUUGGAUGUGUAUUCUGAUGCAACAUUUGGAUGGGCUUAUUGGUCCUAUAAAUGUCAGUUUGGAAAUUGGAGUCUCAAGUGGAUGAUCGAGAAUGGUUACAUAAAGCUCUAGAUACACAUGAAAAAGUUAUCAUAUUUUUUCAUCAGAAUGCAUACUUUUGAAUAAUUUGUGUAGUGUGGAUGUAUACUUUGAAACAUUAUUUAAACAUAUCACUAUUGCAGUUUUGCCUAUUUUUAAGUUGGUUAAAAAUGACAUGUUAACUCAGUUUCGUGUAUGAUUAAAAAGAAGAUGACUUAAUAAAUGUUACAUUGUUAACUCACUUAGUGACCUGGUCUAAUAAAUAAGGUCUCGUUAUAGGUUUUUUAUAGACUUAACACCAUUAUAACCGCUAUUUGACAAUAUUUUGUACUAGCGCGUAUGGCAGAACAAUAGCAGUUUGUUCAAAUUCAGCUACACUAUAAUGUUAUAGCGCCACUAUAUCGGCUAUUUUGAAACACUGCUUCUAACUAAGCAGCCUUUUAAAACUACACAUUACAAUGGCCAAGUCUUGUCUUGUCAUAUACAUGAAAGAGAGAGUACCUUAAAUUAGCUAAAACAGAAUCACAAGCCUUAACAAUGUUCUAGCAGCAGUUAAGAUCAUCCAAGUUCUUGGUUACUUGGUAGGACUUGAAAACUAGGUAUAUGCUGUUCCAAGAACCCCUUUAUAAAGAAUAUGAUAUAUAUGUUGUAUCAGAAA